AUGGACCAAUCCAAAGGCGUGAAGGAGCCUUCCAAAACUAACAAUGACACAACCGACUUUGAGAAAGAAGAGGUCUUGGACAAAACCGCUGAUCUCGGUCUUCAGUUUCUGGAAAAGAAUGACCCUGUUGAAUUUACUUGGAGAGAGGAUAGAACCGUGUUGUGGAAGAUUGACCUAUACUUGCUGCCCAUUGUAAGUGUGAUGAAUAACUCCAUCUUUUACUUUGGAUACCUCGUUGGUGAAUUUCCAGCCAACUACCUUCUUCAAAAGCUGCCCAUUGGCAAAUUCAGUGCUGGAUGUAUUUUCAUUUGGGGUGCUUUGGUCAUGCUCUGUGCAGUUACCAAGAACUUUGCCAGCCUUGCCACUGUCCGAUUUCUCAUAGGCUUCUUCGAAGCUGGCAUCCCUCUUUGUUGGAUCUACAUCACAUCUAUGUUUUACAAGAAGAGUGAACAGGGACUCAGAUGUACAGCCUGGUAUUUCAUGGUUGAUGUUGCUGCGAUUGUGGGUGGCUUGCUUGGGUAUGGCGUUGGCCAUACUCACACCGCCAUGAAGCAGUGGCAAUUCGUCUUUCUCAUUUGCGGUGGCUUCACCGUUCUUUGGGCGUUCUUUCGAACCGAAAAUGAAAAAUCUAUUGCUGUGGAAAGGCUCCGCGAAAAUAGAACGGGAAUCAAGUCAACCGAGGUCAAAUGGGAUCAGGCACGAGAAGCACUGACUGAUCCCCAAGUCUGGCUCUUUGCACUGUGGAGCGGUAUCAGUCAGGUUCUGAAUACUGGAGUCAGCUUUUUGCCGCUGAUGAUUCAGGAUAUGGGCUUUACUGGUCUGCAGACCACUCUCCUGACACUCCCUGUUGGCUGUGUCGAGUGCAUUGCAAUGGUGGUAGCCGGUGGACUCUCCUCCUACUUUAGGAAGGGCCGCACUAUCAUCAUGUUUGCGGUGGCGUGCCCAACUCAUGCUGGUGCAGUUCUGCUUGAAAGAUUGCCUCUGAGUAGCACCUGGGCUCGGGCUACCGGUGUCUGGUUGCUUCAAUGUAUUCCUGCCUCCUACGCCAUUAUGUUGAGUUUGAUUGCAUCCAAUGUCGCAGGUACAACCAAAAGGUUACCACAACCCUGCUAUGCUUCGUAUGUUUCGUUGGAAACAUUGUGUCCCCACAACUAUUUCUCUCGACAGAAGCUCCAACCUACGGGACGGCUAUGCGGUCAAUGCUAG